AUGUCGGUUCAAGGAAGACUCGCCGCCAUGGGAAAACUUGAUAUCCCAUUUGAUAUCUUCACUCUGAUCUACACAACACAGUUCUUCUUCACUCCGAUUUUCGCAGCUUUCAUCAACAAAAUCAAGUUCAAUAGAUGGGUCGUGAUCUCUGUAAUCUUAGCAAUCGUCACCGGAGCUCUCACUCUCUCCUCCUCCUUCGGCGGCGAAAAACGUGAAGCGGAGAAGAAGAAAGAGAAGGUGGACGUGGAAGGUUUUGAUAGGUAG